UUACAAUUGCCAAAUAGUAUUAUUACAAUUGCCAGAUACGGUCGUUGACGUGUCGUCGAUUCAACAAGUUGUCAUCUAUUUCAGAUUGAAAUGGCGUGCUACAGCGUCGACCAAAUAAAUAAAAACCCGUGGCUGUCGAUCCAGGACGUGGUUGGCGACGCCAAGACGUGGCCCCAAUUCAUACGUACUAUGUUUUGGGACCGCAACUUUGUGGACCACAACCGUAUGGUCGUGGUCAAUUUUGCGAUCCACGUGUCGGAACCUUUUUUGCACGAGGUUCUAGAGUUCACGCUAAAAACUGCGUACACGCCGGACAGGCGAAGGCAGAUAACGGAUAGAUUCCGUUAUUACAACCACGAGGAAUUGGGCGAGAUGCGACGUAGCCGUGCGUAUAGCUACAACGUCCACUGUAAGUGCAUGUUCAACCUCAAUUUUGGUCCAGUGGAUCCGUCAGUAAGACGAAGACAGUGAAUGUUGUAAUUGUAUACAUACUAUACAGUGAGACACAUGAUACAAUAAAAAUGAAAAUAUACCUCGUACGUGUCCGUUAUUCGGCAGCUCUCUCUCUCUCUCCCUCCUUCUUGGUCCGUACUCCUGUACUCUCCUGAUUGGUAGUCUGAAAUAUUGGAAACGUUAUUAGCAAGUAAAUAUUGAUCCGUCGAUCCUAUGACGUUAAAUACAAAUUCUUAUAGUCAUAAGGCUUGUUUUCUAUUGCUGCACUGGUCAACUA